CCACUCGUAAGGAAGCAUGUGAAAAGUCGCUCUAGUUGAUUGGUUGGCUGUCCGCGUUCUUCCUACUGGCACCCGGAAGUGUUUUUGUCGCCACUAGAAGCAGAAUGGAAAGAUUAGCUGCUGUUCUUUAACAGAGCAUCAUGGGAAACACGGAGAGCGCCGCCGUCCAGAAGCGUCUGGUCCGGUUCCGGCCGGAGGAGCGUCCCGUGGUGGAGGGGGUCUACGACCGGCUCCUGGGUUCAGCCUCGGGACCCCCGGGACCCGGCGGGAGGACUCUGAGUCUGGAGACGCUGCAGUCCUCGCUGAGCAUCGUGGCGUCUGACUCGUUGGUGAGGAGGAUCUAUCGGAGCAUGUGCAGCAUCGACGCCGCCCCAGGAAGGACGGGUGGGGUGGGUCGAGAUCAGCUGAUCGUCUUCCUGGCCGACACCCUGCGAGGCACCGCGGAGGAACGAGCCCCCCUCGUUAUGGCCAUGUCCCAGCAUGCAUCAGGGCCAGCAGCAGCAGCUGUCACAUGUGAACAGGUGGUCGAGUUCCUGCAGGACUUGGUCUCGGCUGUAGUUCAGAUCCUGGUCCACAGGGGGCGCCUGCAGGGCUGGAAGCCGGAGAGAAUGGGUGACGUCUCGCUGGGGGUUAAACUCCUGGCAGAGCAGAUGAUUUCUGAGCUCAAACCUUCAGAUCAGGGCGGCUGUGACGUCCCGUCUCUGGAGGACUGGAUCUUCAGGGUCCCUCAGGUGUCUCUGUACCUGGAGAUGGUGGUGGCCGAGGGCCUGGGGGUGUCGCUGGGCGGCCGGCCGGCCCCGACGCUGCUGCCCCCCUGCAGGGAGACGCCCUGGAAGCAGCUGAGGUCUCUGCUGGAUCUGCCCACCCUCAUGUUCCUGGCUCCUCAGUUGCCAGACGGCUGCAGCGCCCCCUGGAGGCUGGUGUUUUCCACACAGCUGCACGGAGAGAGCUUCACCAGGAUGGUGACGGGCCUCCUGAAGCGAGGACCCACCCUGCUGCUCAUCAAAGACACCAGAGGACACGUCUUCGGGGGCUUCGCCUCCCACGGCUGGGAGGUCAAGCCUCAGUUCCAGGGUGACUCCAGAUGCUUCCUGUUCACUGUCUUCCCCACACUGAGGGUUUACACUGCGACAGGCUACAACCAACACUUCAUGUACCUCAACCAGAACCAGCAGACCAUGCCCAAUGGACUGGGUAUGGGCGGUCAGCACCAAUACUUCGGCCUGUGGCUGGACAGUGAUUUCGGCCACGGUCACAGCCGAGCUCGGCCCAAGUGCACCACCUACGGCAGCCCCCAACUCUCCGGAGACGAAGACUUCACCCUGGACUCGGUGGAAGUGUGGGCUGUGGGAAAACCCCCCGAACCAGAGGAGGGUGAGGAGGGGGGGGGCAAGAGGAGCGUCCUGGAUGCGGAUCCCGAGGUCCAGGCCAUGAUGGAGAUGACCGGGAAGACUCUGCACAGCCAGGGCCUCCGGGAGCCGGAGGAAGACCAGGACCAGUGAGACCAGACGAGUCCUGGUUCCGACACACGUGGACAAACACCAAACAGUUUAUACCCUUCAUCCGCCCGAGGAAAGAACACUGGCAGGUCCCGACCGCCCCUGAAGGCAACGUACGUGAGAAUCAUGUGUGAAUUGUGGGUGUGUUCACACUUGAGUUUGAUGGAAGAAAAACUUGUCAUCACUAAGUGUUAGACUGAAAAAAAACCAAGAGCACAAGUUCGUUAGGCUGUAAAGUCACAUAACUGAAGCGAGUUAGAGAUUAUUUUAGAGUAUUAGUGUGGAUUUAUGUGUGAAAGACAGAUGUUUUAAUCUGAAGAGUAUCAUGAUAACAGAGGAUUUCAUUCUAGUAAAUCUCUUGUGAUUUCUUUACGGGGCAGAGACUUUAACAGCAACACUCAGGACAAGAUGGCGACGCACAUUUCUGGGACGUGUUGUCUUCACUUACGUACAGUUAGAGGUCACAUCUGUCCACUUCUAACUAUCUAUCAUCACACCUGGUCUUUAACUAACUACAAUGAGUCUCCAGCCAGAACCGGAGACCUGGUCUCAGUCUGUGUGUAAAUCAGCUGCAGCGCCACCAUGUGGUCAGUAGAAUAUUGUAUCAGCUGCUGCCUCUGAUGGAAGGAAGGAAGGAAGGAAGGAAGGAAGGAGAGAUAGAAGGAAAGACGGAAGGAGAGACCACCUCCACAUCUGGACUGAGACCAGAUCCGUGUUCACACCUGGACUCCAGAGACCAGAUGAGUGAGGACGAGUCUUUACAGGAAACAAGGAAUUAAAAGCAGCUGAGGCUCCUCCCCCUCCAACCAGGUGGAUCCAGGUGUCUGAUCUCCACAUGUUCACAUAUUACUUUUACCAACAAAGGCAGCCCUGUGUCCUCCUCCCCCCUCCUCCCCCGUCCUCCCUCCCCCUCCAUGUAAAUCAGCCCGUCAGGUUAUUCAUGCAAAUGUUUCUCCUGCUGUGUGUUUCUGGCGGCUCCGUCUCCAUAAAGAAUGUUUGUGCUCGUUGUUUUGUUUGUGCAUGGAAAUCAUUUGACGAGCUGGUUGACGCCUGGUCGACUUUAGAGUUCAUUAAACUGAAAUUUAAGAAAUAAAAACACGUCAUGCUUUAA